UGGAACUCACAUCAUCUCUAAGGUACUCAACAACAAAACAGUGAACAGCGUCCGCCUGCGCGCGCAUUCCCAUAUUUGGCGAUGGUGUGAUAGAAUGCCGCCAUAAGCUGGAGGAAACAGAACGCCAGCAAAACGAUGCCAUGAAUAGCAUCGGCAUCAGCCACCAGGGCAGCAUCAUGCGCAGGCUGCUGGGCAACCGAACGGCACCCGACUCGGCCCACGACACAGGAGCCUCCGCAUCCGUCACCAGCUCGCCGCUUGCGCCCCAUUACCGCCCGACUGCAUCGCAGGAUGUCAUCUACACCGCCAGUGUUCCCAUAACAUGCCUGGACAGUUCUCCUGAUGGCCGUUCUGCCGUGCUAGCCGGCCGCCACGUGCUCAAGACGGUCGUCUUUGAUGGCCUCACAGUCAAGGACGGCAUCGACCUGCGCGCCCUGCUCAUCGCCCAGCCAUCGCAGCGCAACAGCAUCCCAGUCUCGGUCGCCGACCAGCUCUCCAUCAAGGCUGUGAGAUGGGGACAGCCGCAGGGCAAGCAAGCCCUCUUCACGGCCGGCACCAGCGGCAAGAUCUUCCAGUACGACCUGGUGCGUGCCGGGUCCACAGCCCUUGGCUCGCCGGUCGACUGUGUCCAGAUCCGGGAAGACUCACGCCAGGUCAACGCGCUCGACCUCAACCCGCACCGGAACUCGUGGCUCCUGUCGGGCAGCCAGGACGGCAUCGUGCGCUGCUUCGAUGUCCGACAGCCCACCCAGACCCGCGCCGGCGCCACCUUCCGCUCCAUCCAGGCCUUCAAGUGCAACGCCGACGGCGUGCGCCAUGUACAGUGGAACCCCAAGGAUGGUUUCAUCUUUGCCUGCGGUACCGAGCAGGGUUUCGUGUCCAAGUGGGACAUGCGCAAGCCCAGCGCGCCAAUCCUGCGCAUCAACGCCCACGAGAAAACGUGUACCGCCAUGGCUUGGCACCUGGACGGCGUCCAUCUCGUCAGCGCGGGGCUCGACAGCAAAUGCAACAUCUGGGACUUGUCCAAGCAGGACAAGCGCCAGAAGCCGAAGUGGACCCUCUCGAUCCCGGCCCCUGCCGGCACGCUUGCCUGGCGUCCCGGUCAGUGGUCUGCCACGGCCCAGGGGAAACGGGCCUCGCAGCUCGCCGUGUCAUACGACGAGAGCGGCCAGAGGCGCUACGGAAUGAACAUGGUACACAUUUGGGACCUUGCACGGCCCACCAUGCCCUACAAGGAGAUCCAGCGGUUUGACACGUCGCCCAGCGCCAUGCUCUGGCACGACCAGUACCUCCUGUGGACGGCGGGGCAGGACGGCGUCUUCAGCCAAUGCGACGUCUCGUUCGCACCAAAGGUCAUUGACCGCCAGGCUGUGUCGACCAUGGCCUUCUCCCCCCGGGGUGACGUGCUCAUGCUGCUGGACGAGCGAGCCCCGCCACGUCGGCCGCGGCCACACAUUUUGCACCACGACGCCGUCGCACUGCCGUCUUAUAGCUCGAGCCCCACAACCCCCAAGGUCAGCGUCAGCCGGAGCGAUUCAGAAGACGACGCUAUCGGAAGCUUCAUAGGUCCCAACAGGCGCGGCAGCCGGCGGCGACGCCCUAGCACCCGCUCCACAGCCACACUCAGUACCACACCGCCCGUGGGUCCGGGACUGGAGGACGUCAUGUCGCUCGAGCAAACCAUCAAGGCGACUGGGCCCUAUAGGCCUCAGCAGGCCAUGGCCGUUGGUCACGUUCCCGCCGCUGCCAACGUAGACGUGUACGGAUACCUGGCCGUGAACUACCUCGAAGCGCUGCACAGGGACCUCCCUUAUUCACCCGGUGCUGGCCCCCUGCCGAAUCGGAUUGCUACGAUUCUUGAGCACUACGCCAGGGCUACCGCAAAUGUGCGGCAAUUUCGGCUCGCGCAAACCUGGCGCAUCCUUGCGUAUGCCGUCGAGAUGCUGCUUCAUCGGCGGGCCCAGUAUCACCUUGACCGCCGGAUGGACCGCCACCACUUCUCGGCCAGGAGGAAGAGCGAGGCCAAGGCCAAAGGGAAGGCAAAGGCCCUAGCGGGGCUGUUUGCAGCGCCGACGCCGUCGGUACUCGACGGGGAGGAAACGCCGCGCAAGGUUUCGUCGCUUGCAAGUUUUGACAGAAGCCUGCACCCAAGGUCACUCCUCUCUGAGGAGCUCGAGAGCACCUCCAACGUUCCCACGCCAGUUGCUCGGCCAGUGUCGGACGACCCGGGCGUGACAUGUUCGGCUGAGAGAGAACAGGGUAGGAAGCUCACUCCCAUCGUUGAACCGGAGAGCUUCACUCUCCCCCCCGCGGUGCAUCCCCCUUCACUGGUCACGCGCAAGCGCCUCGAUUCGGUACCGCUCUCGGUUGCGAGCCACGACAGCGGACUUACCCAUGCUAGCACGGAGGGAUACGACUUCUACGACACUGAAGCAAUGGGCAGGGCAAUCGACGUCCCCAGCCCAAGAUCCACUUCGAUUCGGGUGCACGAUUACCAGGCCACGGGGUCCCCGAGUACGCGGAGAAAACCCGUGAUGAGACAAAACUCUGAUGACAGCUAUGUCCACCUCUUUUCUACCUCGGACGAGAGUCGUCGGCGAGCCACAGGUCUGGACACGUCUUCCGACGGCAGCUUGACUGGCCAGGCUGCAAGGGCGGCUAUUCUUGCCGAGCUUCGAAGCGGCAAUGAAGAAGAGUUCGACAGCCGCGUAAGGGGCCAGGCACUCAACAAGUCGUCGCCAGAACGCAAUCAUGUCCCGUCCAAUCGCACGAUGCUCGCCAGAACCGAGACGGAUAUGACGGCAUUUACCGAUGAGCAUCACGCCAUCACGCAAACCACAACCGACAGCUUCGAAUCGGGCUUUCCAUCACAAACCGAUGCCGACUUUGCGGUCGAGUCGCCGUUAAAGCAGCCACCCUCUCCUGAAUCUCCCAUCUCCCUUGGCAACGACCAAUCACCCUUCAUUGUCGAGACGGACUACCUCUGCUGGUCUGACGACCUGCCAUACCCCUACCCGAUCGAUCCGUCCUCGGGCUUUUCCGUCGUCUCAUCCACCCCUCUCCAACCCUACGCCCUCAUAGCUCGCGCGCUCGCCUUCGAAGCCAAGUCCUCAGCUCUCAACGCCUCAGCCAUCAUCCUCCUACUCAAACCGCUCCUCCCAGACGAGGUCAUCGACUACAACCAAGCCGCCGCCAUCCUCCGCCAGCACCACGCCCGGCUGAUGAGCAUGAAGCUCUUUGCUGAGGCCGCCCUCCUCCGCAAGCUCUGCAUGAAGGGCUGGCCCGGCGGCGCCCUCCUCUCCUGGGGCGAGAACUACCCGGCCAUCUUCUCCCCGGCGCACGAGGGCGUCCAGGCGAGCCUUGUCUGCACCGCCUGUCACAAGCCGCGCGACGUGGGCCGCUCGGCCGCGUCAACCGACUCGGUCUGGCAUUGCGAGCGGUGCAAGGCGGUCAUGGCACCGUGUGCGGUCUGUGGGGAGCGCGAUACCGCGCCGACCAUUCCUACGUCUAUGAUCACAGCUGGAGGAGGAGAAGAAAACACCACCAGAGAACCGGUCUUGACGACGUGGUGGUACUGUCCCGGCUGCGGCCACGGAGGCCACUCGUCCUGUCUGGCAGCGUGGCAUGCCGCGCUCGAACAAUCGCCCAGCGGCGGCGGCGAGUAUCCUCGUCAUCAUCAUCCCCUGGAGGAUGCCCCCGGCGCCGCCGAGUCGAGCGACGGGUGUUGUCCGCUGGAUGGGUGCGGCCACGUGUGCUUGCCGAGCAAGGAGAAUCAUGGGAUGAUGCUCCGGACGGAGGAGGUCAGUCGCGUCGUGAGGGAGGCGACGAGGGCGGUGGCUAAGGCGACGGUUGCUGCGGCCGCUGCGGCGGCCGCUGUCGCUGCUGAGGGGAGGGGCGCUGAGAAUGCUACCGAGGUCGGCGGGACUGGAGCGGGCCACGACGGGUUUCCGAGGCAUGUUGGGGAGGAACAUCAUCAGCAGCAGCAAAGUGAUUUUGGUGGUGUUGGUGGUGGAGGGGUUGUAAUGGUUGGAAACUUCGGGAAGCAUGGCGGUGGUCACGGUGCCGCUGUCAGGAGUGACGGUAAUGAUAUCCCUCAGAGCAGGGCGGUCGAGACGGUCAGGGAGACGUUGGCCGGGUCGGGAAGUUCGGCAAGGGCGGGGACGGGGAUACUCAGCUCGAGUCCCGGUCGGGGCGGGAUUGGGGCCGAGAGGGAAAGGCGGAAGAGCGUCAAGUUUGUGGCGACUGACGAGAGGCGGUGAUGUGUCACGUAUUGGGCAGCCUCUGCUGAGGGUCAGGUGUCUUCCUUGGGCUGUGGCCGGGUGGUGUUCGUCGUAUACCUGCUUUUUUGGUGUCUGCUUCGCGUUCAAUGUGUUCUUGCAGAAGUUUGAGGCAGUCUCGAAGGGCCCUAUUCCGGAUGGGGUUCUAAACCACUGAGAUUUCACAGCCCAAGCUAGAGUCUCGUUGUUCAUCAUGAACCUUGACCGUCAAACCGUCUUGCAU